AUGAACUCAGCGGACACUUAUCGUUGUGUGCAAGUCCGCUACGCUGGAGUUGCGAAUCAGAUCGACGACCCUCGUACGUCGGGAGAUCAUGAACGCAAAGUCGCAAGCGCGUUCGGGUAUAAUCUAGAAGAUCUGUGUUCUGUUCCAGAAUACUCGAAUUUAGGUGUCAGCUGUGGGAAUCCAUUAGCAACAGCCAAUAUAGCCUUGAACGAGGUCGUAAUCGAUUUGGGUAGUGGCGGGGGCAUUGACGUUUUGUUAGCCGCAAAGAAGGUUGGAGUGAAUGGAAAGGCCAUCGGCAUUGAUAUGACCAAGCAGGAGAUGCUGGAAUUAGCACGUCGAAAUGCAAGGAAGGCGGGUGCCUCCAACGUGUCGUUCAUCGAAGCAUUUAUUACUUCUAUACCGAUACCUUCGUCCACCGCUGAUUGCAUUAUCAGUAAUUGUGUGGUAAAUCUAGUGCCGGAGAACGAAAAGCCUCUGGUCUUUCAGGAGAUGUUCCGUCUACUGAAGCCGGGAGGUAGGGUUGCUAUCAGCGACAUCCUGGCAAAACGAGAGCUUCCGAUAAAGAUCAAGAAGGAUCUCUCCUUAUAUGUUGGCUGUAUAGCCGGUACUAGCCAGGUUGUCGAUUAUGAAAGAUACUUGAAAGAAGCAGGGUUCCAAGUGAUUCUGGAUACUAAUUUCGAUCUCAAUAUUUACAAGGAAACGUGGAAGAGGGAGGAAGCCAAUGGACUGGGCCCUUCGAGCUCAUGCUGCAAUCGGAUGAACAACAGUGACACUGGGGGAGAAAACAGCCCGCCAGACGUGGAUUUCAACUUCUGGACUGGUGAGUGUAUCCGCAAAGGUACCCUAUAUCGACGCAUCACUAAUGAUUCUCCGCAUGGAUAUAUUAUAAAAGGCUCUUUCAAGAUCUUUGCCGUGAAGCCUGAGACCCAUGACUGA